GAAAAGAAAAAAAAACAUUUUUUAAGGUGUUUUAGAUGUAAAAUGGCGCAACAAAGUGAGGAAGAAAGACAGUUUGAAGAACUCUUCACCGUGUUUGACGGCUCUUCCCCGGAGGACGUGUCCCAUGCCCGGCAGCUGUGGAGCUCCCUGUCGCUGCUGCCGCCGCCGGAGUCCCGCUUGGUUUCGGCAGACACCCGCCAGAGGCUGCCGGUGACAUGGCCGCCGCGAGGCGGGACCUCCGCUCCGCCGGUUCCCGCUCCGGUCCCGCUCACCGUGUUCGCUGAGCGGCAGAGAGCGGAGGAGAGGCGGCGGUACGAAGCCAUGGCCGACCAGAGGAAGGAGAUCCUGGCGCUGCUGGGGAGGCAGAGGCAGCGGAGGAUCCAGAAGGAGCUGCUGUCCGCCGCCGUUAAAGCCGAGAGGAAGGUCGGCGGAAACAAGCCGCUGGAACCACCAGCCGACCCAGAGACCGAACUGGAGAAGGAGCUGGUGGAACAGCUUCAGUGACCAAACUCUAAUGAUAGUCCACCAUUACACAAAUAAAACAACUGUUAAAUGCUGAUUAAAUGUUGACAUUUUCUCUAAUUUCAUUAGUGCUGAGUUUAGGAGCUGAGUGUUCUGGAGCUCCCCCUAGUGGUGGCCAAAAUAUUACAAAAACAGCUAACAUGCUAACACAGUGCUAGCUGUAGCAGUACCACCGUCACAGCUACUGGACACUGGAAGAGUGGGUCCAAUUAACUCUGUCUCAUUUUAAACAAACUAGACAGAAAAGUAGACAUGUUUUACUUUUGUUAAAAAGUGAUAGAGAAGUUUCAACACUGUUCAAUGUUCAGUCAGUGGGUUAGAACAAGCAAACAAACCGAAACUACACACAACUGUUCUCCCCUGUGAUUGUUUCAACAUACCAAGACUGCCUAAUGUGGGGAGAGUCA